GCUCCGACAUUUCUGCUGAAAGUUUUUCAGGUGGGUUUUUUUUAUCGGCGGUUUCAUCCGUUUUCCACCGGCGGCGGCGGAGGAGGAGGACGGGAAGGAGGCGGACCAUGAUCAGUCCUCAGAAGAACUACUCGGCAAAUCCCGAUGACUAUAAGCUUCUUGAAGAGGUUGGUUAUGGCGCCAGCGCUACUGUCUACAGAGCGAUCUAUCUCCCUCUCAAUGAUGUUGUGGCCGUCAAGUGUUUGGAUCUCGAUCGCUGUAACAGCAAUCUGGAUGACAUACGCAGAGAAGCCCAAACAAUGAGUUUAAUAAAUCACCCAAAUGUUAUUAGAGCAUUUUGCUCUUUUGUUGUUGAUAGCUACCUUUGGGUGGUCAUGCCCUUUAUGGCCGAGGGUUCUUGUCUGCACCUCAUGAAGACAGCGUACCCAGAAGGAUUUGAAGAGUCCGCAAUUAGUUCUAUACUUAAAGAAACACUCAAGGCUUUGGAAUACCUCCAUCGGCAUGGCCACAUUCAUCGUGAUGUUAAGGCGGGAAAUAUACUGUUAGACACUAAUGGGGAAGUAAAGCUUGCAGACUUUGGUGUUUCAGCAUGCAUGUUUGACAUGGGCGAGAGACGGAGAUCGAGGAAUACAUUUGUCGGAACUCCAUGCUGGAUGGCACCAGAAGUUUUGCAGCCUGGAACUGGAUAUGAUUUCAAGGCAGACAUUUGGUCAUUUGGAAUAACUGCACUGGAGUUGGCUCAUGGUCACGCACCAUUUUCGAAAUAUCCUCCAAUGAAGGUUCUUCUUAUGACUAUACAAAACGCACCUCCUGGUCUUGAUUAUGACCGUGAUAAAAGAUUCUCUAAGGCAUUCAAAGAACUGGUUGCAAUGUGCUUGGUGAAAGACCAAUCUAAAAGGCCUACUGCAGACAAGCUGUUAAGACAUUCCUUUUUCAAGCAUGCCAAGCCUCCGGAGCUGUCUGUAAAGAAACUAUUUACUGACUUGCCUCUACUUUGGAAUCGUGUAAAAGAUCUCCAGCUUAGAGAUGCUGCUCAACUUGCUUUAAAGAAGAUGCCUUCAGCAGAACAAGAAGCAAUAUCACAGAGUGAAUACCAGCGAGGUGUUAGUGCAUGGAACUUUGAUCUUGAAGAUUUGAAAUUUCAGGCAUCACUGGUGCCAGAUGAAGAUGACCAAGAUAUGAAGGAAGAUGAUGAAAAUAUGAAGCCUUGCUUAAGUAGCGAGGUUGUAUCUAUUUCUGGACGAAAUUUAGGAGGGUCGAGUCCCAAUGGAAAUGCUGUUUCCAGUGCACAAACAAGUGUUGGUGAGGUGCUUGCAGCUGAGUGCCAGAGCAAGAAGGAAAAAGAUCUUGACAGCGAUUUACUGGAAUCCGACCAAAGGAAAACUGAACUUAGAAAGAAUGGAUCUAAAACAAAUCUUCCACCACUUACUUCAGACAAGGAGGUUGUACAGACCAAGACUAGAACUCAAACAGGAAAGCCUCGCCAAAGUCAGAGUGGACCUCUCACUCCAGGCACUGUGUUAAGUCAUUCUACGCCAGAAAGGGCUCGUAACAUAGAAAGGACUGAGAUUGAAAACCAACCUGUGGAGAGAGUUCCUCAAGUGCGAAAAGCACCUAGUUUUAGUGGUCCUUUAAUGUUGCCAAACCGUGCUUCAGCUAAUAGUUUGUCAGCUCCUAUUAAACCAUCUAGUGGAUUCAGAGACACAUUGGAUGACAAGUCAAAAGCCAACUUGGUGCAAAUAAAAGGGCGGUUUUCUGUGACAUCAGAAAAUCUGGAUCUUGUUAAGGAUAUCCCUUUAUGCUCAGUUCCUCGGCGGUAUUCUCAAACAUCUCCGCUGAGGAAGGCUGCAAGCAUUGGAGAAUGGGUUCCUGAGAAUAAACAAAUGACAUCCAAUCAGUCGCCAAAGGAAAGUAUUCAUGGUAAUGUACCUGCAUCAAUUCUUAUGCCCCACCUUCAAAAUCUUUUUCAACAAACUUCAAUUCAACAGGACAUGAUUAUGAGUUUGUUGAAUAGUAUGCAAUUAUCCGCAGGCGAAGCAUCUCAAAACGGGAAAAUGCAUCCACAACAACGCACUUCAGAGAAUAACGAUACUGUUGAAACAGCUGCUUCUGAGCGGGAACGCUUGCUUCUAGUUAAAAUUUCUGAGCUCCAAACGAGGAUGGUUAACUUGACUGAUGAAUUAACUGCCGAAAAGUUAAAGUACUUGCAGUUGCAACAACGGUUAAACGACAUGUCAAGACGAAGAGAGGGCAGAGGCAGAAGAGAAGUGGAUUCUUGACGCCCCCCCUAUGAUCCAUUCUCAUCAUGCAUGUAAAACUAUGAUGUAUAUUCAGGACGGAGGGAGGGAGGGAGAGUACCAAAGCAUGUUGCCGGCAGGCUGAUAUAAUGUUUGAUUCUUCAAAGGUCACAGCCCUCCUCCUCUUUCAGACUGACAAAUAAGUGGAACCCAUGCUGCUUGCCUAUACACACACAAAUUCAUUCAUUUAUUUCCCAGUGCAAGAAGAGGAAACAAGCUUCUUUGUGCAGAUGAUCCAUCCAUGCUUGGUAUCAUUAUAUCUUUAUAUAUAUAAAUGGGUUUUUUUUUUUUUUUUGUAAUUGUGGGGGAAAUCUAAUUUAUAUCCCCUUUUGUAUCCCUUUAGAUCCUCCAUAGAUAUAUAUGUUAUAUAUAUUAAUGAUCCAUGAAUGCAACAUUGAAAUGUAAUUUUGUUAAUAAACUUUAUGUUUUUUU